UCUCUCUUGCCUCUUCACUCACACACACUCUCGACAUCAUGAAGCUCGCCAUCCUCCUCGCCCUCACGGCCGUGGCCCUCGCAGACAAGCUGCCCGGCGCCGCCCCCCCCGUCAUCGCCAUCCUCAGGAGCAGCCAAGUCAACCCCGACGAGCUCGGCGCCCACAGCUCCGACUUCGAGGCCGAGAACGGCAUCGUGUUCCAGUUCUCGGGCUCCGAGGGUGCCGCUGGCGGAGCCAACAUGGUCGGAUCUUUCAGCUACCCCCAGGAGGACGGCUCUCUGGCCGAAGUCAAGUUCGUGGCUAACGAGAACGGCUACCAGCCCGAGUCGUCGCUCCUGCCCGUGGCCCCCGCCUUCCCCCACCCCAUCCCCCAGUUCGUCCUCGACCAGAUCGAGUUCGCCCGCCUCGAGGACGAGCGCAAGGCCCGCGAGGAGAAGAACUAAGCCCAGCGAGUGAGGAGCAGUGCUGCAACUGCGCGAGAAAGGACGGAAAUCUCAUCGACAUAUUUAUUUAUGAAAUGUAAAGGGAUAUCAGUCAUAUCCCUUGUGCGCAUUUGUUAAAUAAGUGUAAAUAAAUGUUCAUUAUAAA